GCAGACUGCAGCCGGGGAGCAGAUCUGACGAGGGUCCGCUAUGCCGCAGUAUGCGCUAGCGAGCAGGAACCAGUUACAGAUUCUUGCAAACCGGGCAUCACUAUUGUAGUUACUGAAUUGAUAUUGCUGGAGGCUUGUAGCUGUGCUUCCUCGCCACAAUACUCAAUACGCCGUAGACUGACCGGACGUAGAUCUACUACGUUAUCGCCAAGUCUUCUCCGUCCAGCAACAGCGGCUGAGCCAGCCUUGCGCAGCAUUCAGUCGUUGAGGAAGUCGAAGGAAAGGUCGUAAUCUGGACCGGCCGGUGGCAGUGCCGAGCUUCGGUGGCACUCUUUUCCCGUCCGACACUGGUGCCACUGAGCUAAUCGGCGAAACUCGACUCAUCGACGAUCCUGGACGACGGUCACCGAUCGAGGUCAUCCAGGUAGAGAUCUACGAGGUGUGCCGACAUCCGUCACCUCUGUGCUACACCGGCAAGGGUCUACUACUAGUACUAGUACUACAUGAUUGUACAAGUAGGACUAGAUCAGCUGCAUACACCCUGUACACCGGGCCACACUGGCCCACAGUACGUGUACCUACAUUUCUCCUCUCCCUCUCUACAUAAGGAGUAGAUCCACACGGUGCUUAGCUGUGGCUGGUGGGAGAAGUUAUGCCCGUGAUGGCGUCCAAUAUGAGGGUACGAAUGCCAGAGCAGGGACAAAUCACAUCCUCGGUGUACGGUCUGAUCCGAGAUGGUAAGUACCGGGAUGCAUCAACACUGCUACUAGAUUUACGCAACACAUGUCCAUACUCGCGUGUGUCUCGUCCAGCGCUAUCCCUGUUGGCGUACUGCUACUUUCAAAUGCAGGAAUUUGACGAUGCCGCUGAAUGCUACGACCAGCUGCAGGAGCAGUACCCGGAGAUGGUGACAUACAAGGUAUGCUACGCACAGGCACUGUACAAGAGCGGUGCCAUAUCUGAUGCUACGCAGAUUGCACACCAAAUAGCCACUAGCAACAAGGAAGCGGAAGCCAGUAUGCCGCUGCUGCUCCCACAGCUACGUGCCAGCAUAGCGUAUGCAUCGGGUUGCUGCAAGACAACUAGAGCUGAGCUUCACGCCUGUCCAGACAACAUCGACACUACGAUCAAUUGGGGUUGUGUCCUUUUCAAGGAGGAGAAGUACCAGGAUUCUUUGCAGCUGUUUCGAAGAGCUGCAGAAGAAUGUGGAAAGCUGACGCCAGACCUUAAGUACAACUUGGGUCUUUGCUAUUACAAACUAAGAGAGCACAACAUGGCCACAGGCUGUGUGGUCGGGAUCAUGAACACAGCCAGUGGCCAACACCCAGAGUACGGAAUUGCUGCAUCGAACAUGCUCACAAACCUGGCGGACAACAAACCUCCGACUGAUCAAGCCAGCGUGGGUAACACGCAGACUCUGCAGGAGACUCACGCCAUUGAAGCUUUCAACCUUGGGGCCAUGCUGGUGAUGGAGUCUAAAGGCCCUGCAAAGGCAUUGGCAUAUUUGAGGUGCAUGCCACCCCGCUCUGCCCAUGAACUCGAUGCUGUUACUUUGCACAAUGAAGCCGUCUUGAAUAUGGAUGCGGAGCCAGUGGAGGGGUUUGAGAAACUGCAAUUCCUGCUACAGCAGGCAGUUUGUCCCCCGGAAACGUUUUCCAACCUAAUCCUGUUAUACCUCAAGUACGAAUACUAUGACCUGGCUGCUGAUGUCUUGGCGGAGAAUACGCGAGAGACAUUUCGCCUCAUAAACCCAACUGUGUACCGGCUGCUUGAGAUAAUACUGGUACUGCAAUCGUCUGUUGAGGAGGCAUUCAGGCUCCUUGACGAGAUGGCAACUGAUCUAGGGAAGGAGGUGCAGCGUACUCUGAGGAAGCUCAAACAGGUACAAGCUCGACCCGGUGCUGAUGGUGCUGGUGAGAAUCCCACUCGCAAAACCCAUCCCAAUGCACCACCUGCUAGGGUUGCUGACAAGGCUAGCAUUGAGGACAUUCAAAAUCAGGCUGCAAGAGAGCACGAGAUGGCCUUGAAACAUUACGGUAUGGUUGUCAUGCAGCAAGCCAAGAUAUACUGGGAUAAACAGAACUACCCAGCUCUGGAGAGGGUGUUCCGUAAGGCAGCAAACAGGUGCAGUGAUAUGGAGGACUUCAAAAUCAACGUUGGACACACACUGUUCGUGCAGGCCAGCGACAAGCCCGUAAAGCCCGACGAGGAUGUCAGAAGAUACACUGACGCUGUCAAGUUCUAUGAGCCCAUCGUCAAGGCGUACUACCGUACUCCACUAGAGAUCAAGCCAAUCAUCCUGGCCAAUCUCUGUGUCUGCUACAUCAUGACGGGACACAACGUAGAGGCCGAGGAGAUGAUGAUUCUCGUUGAAAAGUAUGAAGAGGAAGCAGCCUACGAAGAACCUGACAAGAAGUGCUAUCACCUGUGCAUCAUUAACAUGGUCAUCGGCACGCUCUACUGUGCAAAGGGUAACUUUGAGUUUGGAUUCUCCAGAAUCAUGAAGAGCCUGGAACCGUACAACAGAAAGCUUGGCACGGAGACAUGGUUCUAUGCGAAGAGGUGCUUGAUUGCUUUGAUGGAGUCCAUGGCAAAGCAAAUGUUCUUCUUGAGGGACGAGAUCAUGUCAGAGAUUGUGCUGUUUCUCACGCGCGUUGAAAAGUACGGACAGAAGAUCGUUGCUCACGCCGAACACCCACUUGAAGAGAACCCAAUGCAUGAAGGCAGGAACACAGUGGCAUACGAGGCACGCUAUUUACGGGCCUUGUUCCUCACGAUUACCGGUUUGGGAACUUGAGGUGACCAUCAACACUGGCGAGCGCUAGCGUCUACUUGACUCACUACCUGUCCAGGAACCACAUACCCGGCAACAGUGGCAAGUGGUGUGUUUGUUGUUUUGUGAGUGGGUGUGCUUUUCAAGACAGCAUCAACCGUCACGACUAGCGCACUCAGGAGAACAAGCUGUGUUGUCGACUUCUAAAUGCGCACAGCGGCGCACCAUGAUAUCAGCUGGCCUGACAAAAUGAGCAAUGUAGCAGUAUAUGCAAAGCAUUCCCGCUUCCGUCUGUACAUAUACUGAUCGGCAUUGUAUUCCCGCGUCUGUCUAUACAUGUCCACUGAUACAGAUACUGUUUGGCAGCAAAGGAGAACCAUACAGUAUCACAAGUGCUGUCUGUAUGACUGUACUGCAAUAACUUUUAGUAUAUGCACUCCAUGAGUUUGUCAACAACGGAUAUGACUUUCUUGGAUGUUUUAGAAGACGAGUGUACCUCAAGUGGCUCCACUUAGUGAACUCGCACGUAGUGAAUUUGUAUACUUCGAAGUAUUAUUAUGUUAAUCACCGGUAUAGCAAAACCUUCCAUGUACACAUUUGGACAUGUGCACUAUUGACCGCAUAGCCAACUGUUUUAGUGUACUAGUACAGUGCAUAACAAGGUGAAUGUCUGUGUCUGUGUACUUGUGAAUGCAGCCAUGUACAUGACUGUACUCAUGUAGUGACAUAGUGCAUGCGGCUGCAUACGUUACUUCUGCCACAACUUAGUUCCAGAACUACGUUUUCAGGAUGCAAUCUCCUGACUUGACUUUACACAUUGCAUUGCUUGCAGACGACCUCACAUCUGGUGUGCAUAAUCAUACACAGAACUAGCUACGUCAUGGUGGUGAAGUGGACGCAGAACUAAUUAAUUAUUUACUUACUAGCUACAUCAUGAAAAAAAGCUGACGUAAUUCUGACAAUCAAUUGUUACAGCACCCAUCAUGAGUUGCACACUUUGGGAGUUUGCAAGCAUGUGCUCUUGAUAUCGCUUGUAUAAUAGUGUGGGUGCAACUCAGGCUAUAACUUAGCAUAAGGAUCGAACUAAUUCUCCUGCUCAUUGAGUUUGCUGUAUUAGUAGUUGAUGGUCAGCGAU